GAAGUUUAGCACCGAUAACAGUGACUUCGAAAAUCAUGACAACUCUCGAGACGCAAGCAUUUCCAGAAACCACGAUGAUUAAUCAAAGCGACGAGUCGCAAGCCAAUACGGCGGAAAGUGAAAUCGCGCAAUUUUUCUCAGGCAGUAAAGUUCUCGUAACAGGUGGCUUGGGCUUCCUGGGCAAGCUUCUAAUCGAAAAAUUGUUGCGAUCCUGCCCGAAUGUCGCGAUAUUAUAUAUACUUGUAAGAAGAAAAAAUGGAAAAGGUCCUCAGGCACGCGUGCAGCAACUUGCUGAAUUGCCCUUAUACGAGAGACUGAAGAAGGAGCAGCCCGACUUCUCGCAGAAAUUAAGAGUGAUCGAGAGUGAUCUGAACACGACAAAUUUAGGUUUGUCUCCGCAAGAUCGAACCAGGCUGCUCGAUACGAACAUUAUUUUUCACGGUACGGCGAUCAUACGAUCCAAUCAAAAACUUCGCACUAUGGCGAACGUUCAUGUGCAGAGCACGAAGCAGAUACUACUUUUGGCGAAAGAGAUGCCUCAUCUCAAGACUUUUGUUUAUUUGUCGACCGUCUUCGCUCAUUCGCCAAUCCAAUCCAUCGAAGAGAGCCAUUACCCCCCGCCCAUGGAGACCGAUCAAUUCUUAUCGCUGUUAAAUAUCUUGAACGACAAGAAGCUGGAGGCUAUCGCACCGGCAUUGAUCGACAAAUGGCCCAGCACAUUCUCAUUUACGAAAGCAAUCGCGGAGGACACGGUGCUGCGAUACAGUGGCAAUAUACCGGCGUGCAUCGUGCGAACGUCCGUCGUGACUUCGACCUGGAAGGAGCCGAUCGUGGGCUGGGCCGACAGCGUGUACGGGCCGGUUGGCCUCCUGGCCGGCUCGAGCAUCGGUUUAUUGCGCACGAUACAUUGCCACACCGACAAAAAGCUCGACUUCGUACCGGCCGAUUACGUGACGUCGAGUCUGAUCGCCGCCGCCUGGCACACCAACGAGAGGAAAGUCAAGAAAAAUUUUAAAGUAGACGUGGACACCGGUCUCGUGCCGGACGUGGAAAGGGUAAAAGUGUACAAUUGCGUGUCGUCGUGUCAAAGUCCGAUAACCUGGCGAACGUUUCGAAAACACGUACGCAACCACGGAUCGAAGAUACCGGGUGCGAAGAACAUACGGCUACAGUGCAUGUUUUGGAACAGUAGACUAUGGAUACAUAAGAUUCUCUUGUGCCUCUUCCAUUUGUUGCCCGCGAUUAUGAUGGACGCGGCGGCCAAUCUCACCGGCCGGGAUUCAAGAUGGUGCAAGACCUACAAUCUGAUACACGCUCAUCUCUCGGCGACGUCUUACUUUAUGACGCGGCAGUGGUACUUCACGAAUAACGCGAUGGUCAAACUGUGGGAACGAAUGAGCGCGGUGGAUCGCGAGAUAUUCGAGUUCGAUAUGAGUAACUUUGAUUGGGUGGAAUACGUGAAACGAAUGGCAAAUGGUAUUCGCGCAUUUGUCAACAAAACACCGUGGGACGCUGCAAAGGAAGGAUUGGCUGAAUAUGAACUCUGAUCCCCAAGUGUUCGUUGAAACUCAACUUGUAUGUGUAACCGGAACGCGCUUUCUCUAUAUAAUUUAUAUAAUCAAGAGCUCACAGUUUGCAACACACCUACAUUUUUCUCUCGUUAAAUGAUAUUUUAUAAGGAUAUAUGUUGUAUUAAUUAUAUAUAAAGAUAUAUAUUAUAAAUGACACAUUAAGAAUCAAAUAGUCAUUAAAUAGAAAGUUAAAAUAAAUAAAUUACAUAUAAUCUCUAUUUCAUCAUAAUUUAUAGAUUAUAAUUUGUAGAUUUCGCUCUCAAUCUUAUUACGAACAAAUUAUACUUUUAUAUCAGCACGAAAAUACUAGCUAGAAAAUACAAGGAAGUAGGAAACUAACGACAGAUGAUGCGCGAUCGCCAGCCAGUGAAAGUGGAGAUAUUCGGAAAAAUCGGAAACACUGUACGCACACGUGGUGGGGAACGUCACGCCGGUGAUUUACCGAUACUAACGAUAGCGCUCGUUCGGGAUCACCGGCUGAAAUCUACUAUUGGCCAGAAAUGCGAGUAUCUCGCGUAUCUGGUGAUAUUCGAGCAUAUGUGCUAUACGCUCGUAAACCAUGCGGACAACAAUGCGGCCUCUUCGGUCUGAUUGUCACUGUUCCAGAACGCAGGAGAGCACUCACGAAACGUCAACGACCACGAGGGACAUCUCUCACGAGAGAUAAUAAUAGACCUUCAGGAAUGUAUAAUUAUCGUUAUCGUAAUACAUAUCACUUUCAUUUAAUCGAAUUUGAGAUAUGCGACUGAUUAAAUACCGACAAUUUGUCAUACAAAUAGGAUCAAGUUGAAUUGUGGAAACCGUUAGAUGAAUAGAGCAUCAUUCGCUAUUUCAAAUAACAAACUUAUCAAUCUUUUAUUUUUUUUUUUUGGAUUGAAAAUUCAUUAUACUGCAUCGUUCCAUUUUCCAAAAUAUUCCGAUUAUUGCACUUUGCCGUAUUAAAGGCCUAGUUUACUCUAGUAAUAUGAAAAAUUGAUAAUUUACAGGAAUUUUUUUUGUACAAUAUAAGAGAUUGAUUUUUUUGCAUUUGACACGCGUUUUUUUGAUUUCUAAUAUUAGUCAAAAAAAUUCAAAAAAUUCAUCAAUUUUUCAUACUGCUAGAGUAGACUGGGCCUUUAAUUAAGUCUGAAUCCACUAUCGCAAUGCAUUAUUCCGCUCGGUAACCGCAUCUCGUGCAUUCGUUUCAGAAAGAGCGGUGCACCCGUUAAUGCAGCAGUUGCAGCAUCUACCUACACGCAGCGCGAGUCCGUUCGACCAUCUAUCUAUCUAUCUAUCUAUCUGCCUACCUACCAACCUACCUACCUACCUACCUACCUACCUACCUAUCUACCUACUCACCUACUCGCGCGAAUGGAUUCGCGCGACCUGUCCCGUUUCCAUGGCGUUUUUGCGUUCCGUUGCUCCGAGGCCGGUUUCUCGCGUGUCGGAUAUUAAGGUUCAAUUUCGUAAACACUGUUGAACUGUUACAACUACUGUUAUGAACUGAAUUCCCGAUUUGUCACGCGAAGAAGAAUAUUACGGCCAGUUGCCGCGUCACAGACAAAUAUAAGAAUAAUUUCUCAUCGAGUUCUAUUAAAUUAAGGAUGUUUUGGCUGUA